AUGUGCCACGCCAGCUGCUCCGCGGGCUGCCAGGCUUCCUGCAGCUCCUCCGGCCCCUGCCAGGCGUCCUGCUGGGUGCCCGUGAGCUGCAAGCCCGUGUGCGUGCCCGUCAGCUGCAGACCCGCCGUGUGCAUGCCCGUGAGCUGCAGGCCCGAGUGUGUGCCCUCCUGCCAGUCCUCCGUGUGCGUGCCCGUGAGCUGCAGGCCCACGUGUGUGCCCUCCUGCCAGUCCUCCGUGUGUGUGCCUCUGGAGAGGUGCGUCAGGACUGGCGUUGAGCUCACGGCGCACGGCGUCUCGCUGAGCACCCACGACGGCCUCCGGAGCCGGGCACUGGCAAGCACCCCCGUCACAGAUGGGGACGCGGAGGCUGCGGAAGGGCUGUCCCAGCGGCACCUUCACCCGGCCUGA